CUUUAGCCGAUAGACAGUCCAAUAUUCACGGCCACAAUGGGUCUGCAUAUGAAGAUGUUUGGAGGGCCUCAGCUGGCCUCUUUUCGACCUACUGGUUUGACAACGCCGUUCGCUGCCAUUCCGUUCUCGCGAUGCUUCUCUACCACAUCCCCCGCGCUCGACUGGCUUACGCCUAAAUUCGCGGAAAGAUCUAAGUCGCCAAAAGGUCGUCCGCAUGUCGCCACCGGUGGUUCUACUCGGGGUACGACUGUUGUGUGGGGGGAUUAUGGAUUGCGCAUGAAAGACCACGACCGCAGAGUACCGGCUCUACACCUCAGAAUCGCAGAGGAAACGAUCAAGCGGAGACUACGUGGGAUGGACUACAACCUGUACAAGCGUGUGAGCGCCAACAUUGGUGUGUACACCAAGGGUAACGAACAGCGUAUGGGUAAGGGUAAGGGAAAGUUCGACUAUUGGACGGCGAAGGUUGCCGUGAGCCGGGUGGUCUUUGAGCUUAGCGGGAAAGUCCACGAGAAGGUCGCCAGGGAGGCAUUCCGUUUGGCAGGUCACAAGUUGCCCGGUCUUUGGGAAUUUGUCAAGAAGGGCGACCCCCCUGUGGUCGGCCUGACGAAGCUCGGAAACGGAGUCACUUUAGAAAGCCUCAAGCGCCCACGCAGAAACCCGCCUCUCGGCACGGACGCCGAAACCACAGGACCCAAGUCGGUCACGUCCAACCCAUCCUCCUCCCAAUAAACCUCUUUCGCUUCCAUAAGUCGCCUUUCUCAUGCCUUUAUUACACGACCGCGCCGAUGUUAAGCUCCAACUCCUGAGCCGGGCCCAUACCUUUGUUGAUUUCUCGUCUUCGCCGCUACUCUAUCAUUACCCUCUUGGGCUUGGUUCUCGGGCUUCAAAUCUUUAUCCGUUUCACCUCGCAAUCCACCUCCGGGUUCACCGGUUUCCAGCUGACGAGCCAUUUUCAAAUCCUCGUCUUUGUGCUCACCAGAUCUGAAAGUAGUUUUCAUCUGGCUCUUGGUGUGCU